AUGGAACGUCUCGAUGAGAAUAUUCCUCGCUAUACGUUAUCUCAUCAGCGAAUUGUUCAAGUUUCGAUUCAUGAGCCAGCAUAUUUACAUUGUAUUAUUCCUCAAUUCAGCAAAAAUCUUGUUGCUUGGACAAGAGUAAAUGAUGAAGCGCUAUUAACUGCCGGUGAAUUGUCCUUUACUACAGACCCCAGAUUUCAAGUAUCACUAAAGCCAUCCGAAUCAGACUGGGUACUUAUAAUAAGAAGGGUUGAAAAAUCAGAUUCUGGUUGCUACCUUUGUGAGGUGAAUACUGAACCCAAAAGUAUAGUAUACGCAGUUUAUCUUAAUGUCAUUGAACGAACAACUAAAUUAAUGGCAAAUUUAAUCGGAAAUGAAGUGCUAUUGAAUUGCACAAUAACCACGUCGAAUGGUUCAACGCUUGAUGAACAAGUUAUGUGGUUAAGAGAUGGAAAACCCAUUGAUUUUACGAGAACAAAUAAAUACAUCUCGAAAGUAAAGCGUGAUAGUCGAACAAUCGUUCAUACAUUAAGAAUCCUUCGCGCAACCAGCGAAGAUGAUGGUAAUUAUGCUUGCAGUGCUAUAGAUGCUCCUGAAUCCUCACAUAUGUUGCAUGUUAAUUCAAGUAUGUAUAUAUCUCUUAAGUUCGAUCCUCAAAUUAUUUAUUUUUAUUUUAAUGAAAUUCUUCAGUAA